AUGUUUUAUGUCAGUUUUAUACCCAUAACACUAGUAUAUUCGACCUGUUAUGGAGCAUCUACAUCAGGAUUAUUUCUGGUUGGACUUGUUGGUCCAUUGUUAGAAGUUGCUUUGGUGCCCAUUGUUAUUGUCAUUUCGGUGGUAUGCUAUAAGCUUAUACGCAGUUAUUUUCGCCGUGUCGUUGGUUACACUGAAAAAGUCAGACGAAUGCAAACGCGUUUGUCUACCAGUAUUUAUCUUCAAGGCGUUUUCCACUCUAUUUUGGCUUUGUUCACGGUGACAAUAAUACCCGUGGCGUUAUUGCUGCAAGCAUUUGAUAGAGAGGAAAAAGUCACUUUUGCAGUCGUUCUGGCCUAUAAAGUGAUAAUCUACCUUGUCAUACGCUGGUACACUGCUGUAACAGGAGCACUGAUGAUAUGGUCAAUCCGCGGAACACACAAACUUUCAGAGCAGAAGCUUAUUUCUGUGAGGACUGUCACUUGA